AUGAGACCAGUAACCGGCAGAAAUGGUGCAUUAAUUUUGGCCCUUUUGGCAUUAGUCACAAAUGCUGCACACCAUAAUACCCGUCUUGAAAACUUUGGUCCCGAGCUGAAGCACCGUAAAUACGAUGCUCCUUCUAUUGUAGAACAAGAGGCUAUAUACAGUUCGUCGUUGCUUAAUAACCCAAAAGAAAUUGCUUUAGAAUUCGUGAGGGAACAAUUGACCGACAGUGAAUUCAAAGUGAAGAAUUCGUAUAAAUCGGAAACUAACGGUGUAACACACGUGUAUUUACGACAAAUUGUUAAUGAUUUGGAGGUGGUGAAUGGUGAUAUAAAUGUGAAUGUUGACGAGAGUGGUCGUGUCAUAUCCUAUGGAGACUCUUUCUAUAAGGGUGAUAAGCCACAGAAAGAUGCCGUGAUCAAUUCCGAGACUACUACAUCGAAAUUUCAAUUAAAGAUUGAUUUUACUAAAUUUGGUUUUAAUAAGAAAUCGAGAAAGAGUAAACGUGAAUAUUACUCCUCCUUAUUCAAUAAUCCAGACAGAUCAGUAAUUUCACCCGAAGAAGCAAUAUUCUCACUUGCUAAACAUAUCAAUCAAGAUAUUCCACACCCGGAAAAAAUCGACUACACAGAAUCCGUUUCGUUCGAUGGCGAUCCAAUUCUUCUUGUCACUGGUGUCCCAUUCGCAAUCUCUGAUGUAGAAGUUACACAAGUCUAUGUACAAACAGAUGAAGGCAAACUACAACUUUGUUGGGAUCUCAAGACAGAAAUGGAAAAUAACUGGUAUCACGGACAAGUGAAUGCUCAUGAUGGAAAAGUUGUGCAAUUGAUUGAUUGGGUGGCUGACGCAUCUUACAAUGUCUUUCCAAUCGGAAUUAAUGAUCCAUCAGAUGGAUCACGUGAAACUGUUAUUGAUCCCGCUGAUAAGCUCGCAUCGCCACUUGGCUGGCAUUCACAAAGCCGGAAAAAGAAUUUUACAGUUACUAUUGGCAAUAACGUUUUUGCACAUGAAAAUCUGGCAGGCAGUUGGGAGUGGGAGAAUAAUUACCGACCGGAAGGAGGUCAAGACCUCAACUUUGACUUUCCAUUGAGUUUGGAAAAAACUCCGAAAACUUAUAUCGAUUCAUCAAUAACAAAUCUCUUCUAUUGGAACAAUAUUGUUGCCGGAAAUUUCCAACAAUCGAAUUUUGGAAAAGGAGGUAAAAGUAAUGAUGCGGUAAUUGCAAAUGCACAAGAUGGUUCUGGAUACAAUAAUGCCAAUUUCGCCACACCACCAGACGGUCAACACGGAAAGAUGCGAAUGUAUGUCUGGGACGUAGUGAAUCCAUGGCGCGAUGGUGAUCUUGAAGCUGGUAUUGUCAUCCACGAAUACUCUCAUGGUAUCUCAACCCGAUUAACUGGUGGACCGGCAAAUAGUGGUUGUCUCGGAUGGGGCGAAGCUGGUGGUAUGGGUGAAGGAUGGGGCGAUUAUUUUGCCACCAUACUAAGAAUGAAACCAAGUUUUAAACGAGACACGACAGAAUUCGGAAUGGGUGCUUGGGCAAAUGGUGGUGAAGGCAUCAGGCGAUACAAGUAUUCAACAUCAAAAAAGACAAACCCGGAAACAUUUAGUUGGAUGGAUAAACCAGGUUAUUGGGGUGUUCAUCCUAAAGGUGCCGUAUGGGCUGAAAUGUUAUACGAAGUAUAUUGGAAUCUAGUAGAUAAACAUGGUUUCACAUCCGACUGGUUCCCACCAACAAACGAAGCCGAAAACUCAUCAUGGUACACAAAACCAAGAAGACGUCCUAACCAAGGACGCAGUCUAAUUCCAAAACAUGGUAACACACUCGCCUUACAACUUGUAGUCGAUGCAAUGAAACUGCAACCAUGUCGGCCACAAUUCAUCGACGCACGUAACGCUAUCAUUCAAGCCGACGAAGUUUUGACUGGCGGCGAGAAUAAGUGUGAAAUCUGGCGAGGGUUUGCGAAACGUGGGUUAGGCACUAAAGCUAAAAUUGUUGGUGGAAGUCCAUGGGGCGGUGGUGUCCGUAAGGAAAGCGAUAGCGUGCCUAAGGAAUGUGAGGAAUAA